AUGGCACAAGGGCCCACCGGGAAUGAGAUGCAGAUUGCCAGAGGCCACUUCAGCCGCGCCAGGGGGAGUGAAUUUUUAAUAACACCGCGCCCCGUGCCCGCGGCGGCUCUCUCGCCCGGACGGAAGAAUCCCAUUGUCUUGGCCGCGUCGGAAAAAGGACGAGGCGAAAUAGUACCGUACGAGAUGCGUUACGCCCGACCGAUUGACGGCAGUCAUCAAAAUUAUACCGCAAACAAAUCGCCGACGAUCAACAGCGAAAUAAGUAGUAGCGCGGCUCUCGACAAAUUUCUAGAAGACGUUCGGAAGGCGAAGAGCGAUUUGAAGCGGAUGGAUCACGCUGCGCGUCGUGUUGAUCACAGAACGCGCCUGGACGAUCAACCGAUGUAUACAAACCAGUACUCGACUGUAUCCGUCAACACGGAGGACGUCCUAGAACGGACUGAUAUCGGUUAUGGAAGUAGGUUACGCGGCAAGAGGGGCUUCGAUCGAAAUUAUGAAACGAUGUGGAUGCUGCGGAAGAAGCAACACGGGGGGAAGAGUUCUCGCGAUGUCCCACAGAGAGUCUAUCUGGAUAACGACAUGACGUUCAAGAGGGACGCUGAUAGCGCUGAUUUCAACGCUCUUUAUCAAUUCCCCGGCAUGUCCGAUAGAGCUGUCUACGAAGAAGAAGCGAUGGCCGAUCAGCAACUGAAAAAUUGGGCUAGAAAGAAGGAUCUUCAUUCCGCGAGCGACUGGUCGAAUUCUAAUGAGAAUCCCGAAGUGACUAACAGCGAGGACGCUCGGUCUCGCGAUUACGAAGCCGCUCGUGAAUUUCUCGAUUCGAGUAAAGAUAAAAGCAAGCCGCACAUCGAUACGCAGAUUCAACCAAUCGGGUCGGUUGUAUCGCUGUACGCUGAUCCUAUACGUACAGACUUUUCCGCUCUGAGGGAGUCUCCGGUCGCACUUAAAAACGAGAAAUCCCAAAACGUACCGUUACACUUAGAAUCUUUGAAGAAAACGGUGCUGGAAUUGAAGCACAGUCUGAUGCCGAGUAACAAAAAGAAAAACACGAUCUCGAGAGGUGAGUCCAACUGGUGGAACGAUCCGAGAUCGACGGUCGAGAUACUCGAUUUUGAGAAAGUUUCUGAUUACCGUCCGGAUGAUGAAGCAAGGAUAAAACGAGCUGCGAAUAUUGACGGCGAAGAUGAAAGUAACGCAAAGAUUUUUCGGGGAGGUGCGGGAUUCGGAGAGUUUUAUUUCGGACGGCAAACUUCGAGAGAAUUGCACGAUCGCGGAAAACGAACCAGAAGAAGUUUCGUUGCAAAUAUGAAUUACAUAAAUAAUCAAACGGAUAUUCCUGAAAAUACGCGUCGUUAUCAAAAUGUUCAGAUCAAGAACGUUCCUAUAAAUCUAACUACUUCGGCAAACUCCAAAGGAAUCGACGUAAAAUCACGCUCUAAUUACCUUAAUAACGGUUCGGUGCAUAUUUCGAGUAAGAUGAACAUUCUCUAUUCGCGGAAUCCUUCUUCAAGCGAUAACUCGAUUAACUUGACGGCUAUUCCAGAAACGGAUAACGGAAAAAUUAUUUCCGACCUGAGACAUCCAAUAUAUUUAGAACCGUGCUUAAACAAUCGUUCUAUCGCCGACGACGAAUCCCUAUCUCUCGUCGAGAUUAAUUUGCGAACGAAUUCGCAAGAACGUAUUAUCACAGGCGACGUUUCAGAAACGAGUUCCGAAUCAGUAGGUAGUCAGUUUUUCACGAACGGUCCCGUGUCAAAAACUAUUCAGCGUACGUCAGAAGGGCGUAAGCCCAGUUUGUUCGGUUUCGGAAGAGAUGUUCCUGUAUUGAACGCGACCAUAAUUUCGAUACAUUUCUUAAAAAGCAACGAUGAAGCCGAUGAUUUUCGGAAAUUCGCGAAAAAUCAAAGUAGCGAGGAGAGACUGGGAUUCGCGGCGCGGAAAAUAUCGCGCCUCCGCGCUGAUGAAGGACAAUCGAAGGGCGCGGGGGUGGAAUUUCCCCGGGGAAAUACGUCGCGCGGCUUCGUCACAAAUGAAUCGCGAAGCCGCGUCGUCGAAACAACCGCGGUCGCGACAGAAAAAGAAAACGAGGCGAACGGGACGCGAAAGGAAAACCGCGAGCCGAUACUCGGCGUGAUCACGGUCUUCGAGCCUCGGGGGCGUCCGUAUCAAAAGCAGGAGACAGAGACGGCGCCGAGAUUGUACCGACGAAUGGAGAAAGGCGAAAAGUCUAGGGGAAAGAUAAGAGCGAGCAACGUCGGCGAAUCAAGAAAUGCAAAUGCGAGACGAGACUCGGCGAGUUCGCCGAUUGAUCCCGUCACCGUUGCAAAACCGGAAACUGAGAACAUAAAUACGUGCGAGACCGACGAAUCGAUAACGCCGACGACGAAGAACCGACGCGAGAAUACAACUUCGAUAAUUGUAGACAACGAUUUGCGAAAGCAGCAACAGAUGGUUCCGCCUACAAGCGCGGAGAGGAGCGGGAACGCAAAUAAAUCCGAUGGAAAUUCGGAUAUCAGCGGAAUCGACAUUCGCGCUCUCGGGUCAAACGGAAAUGAGACUAUGAAUGUAAAGGAAGGUACUCGAACCGUGAUAGAAGCUCCCGAAUACGUUGAGUUCGAUAAUAAUUUACGGAGGAAAUUAUUAUGGAUUGCCACGACUUUUGUCGAGACUGAAGAUACAACGGCGAACAACACAAAAUCGAUUCUUAACUCAUCGAUCGGAAUUCAUAUUGGAACAGUUAUCGACAAGAAAUAUCGUUAUGAAAAUAAAACAAACAAUUCGUCAAAUUUUAAAGUGUUGAGCAGAGUCAAGCGUGAAGAUGACGCUGAAGAAAAUUUUAUAUUACAAAGUGCUCUUGAUUCUCCGAUUUCUAACGGAAAUCACGCUCGUUACAAAAGAUCGACUUAUUCCGAUGAAAAUUUAGAAGUCAGCAACGAAGUAGGUUCCCCGAACGCGGCAGUCAGAAAGGAAGCGUUGGAAAAAAUUAACGAUGACAAACAAGAAGAUGACGAUGAAAAUUAUCAGAACGUCGAAGGAAUUAAGGAAGAUUAUAAUAACAGAGAAGAUGACGUGAUAGAAGAUAAUGAUAAAGUGGCAGAAAACGAAAGAGCGGAGCGAUCUUCGAUCAGACGGAAGAUCGAUCCCAUAAAAGCCAAAGUCGAUUUGUUGAUUAAGAAAAAGCUCGACAGAAAGAACGAGGAGUACAGGAGAAAGAGACGCAGCGCGUUGGACAUGAUCGAUUAUUAUGAUUACAACGACGAUGAGGAGCGAGAACGCGACGCUCUGACAAACGAACGGCAGUCCUUCGACAACGAAGACAAUAAACUUUCAUUCAAAGACGAAGCGAAGAUAAAGCGCGAGGGCAAAACAAUGGGUGAUUUGGGAAAGAAGAAGAACGAGCACGCCGAAGAGAUGAUGAAACAGAAAAUCCUGAAGGAGCAAAGAAAAAAUAAGGAGCCGAAAGAAGAAAUCGUCGUCAAUGUUGGCGAACGUAAGAAUAAAACUGCGAGGAACAGCGAGAACGGCAAGGAUCCGGUUAGUUUAUCGGGAUCGAGCUUUGAGGACAGUUCGAACGAAUACGAACGAUCGACCAAAGAAAACUCGGAGAAGAUUCGUCAAGACGAAAGUCCCACGAAUGGUUAUUACAAGAAAGAUUUGAAAUGUUAUUUUACGUUCGACAGGUUAGAUCGAUUAUCCGAGAACAAUAUUGUGUCGCCGGAGAAGAAUCCAGAAUCGUCAUUGAAAGACGAUUACGAAGAAAAGAAACUUGAUUGUUCGAACGAACCUUUGAAACACGCGUCUAAAACACACGUGGACGUAAAUCCUGAAGUUAUCGAAAAUAUUUUACUAAACAUCGAGCCUUUCGAUCUCGCGGAGCCAAAGGAAGAGAUGGAAGUCUCCGAAAAUGUUUACGAUGAUUUUGAGAAUAAACGAGCGGACGAUCGACGUUACGAGGAUUAUCGGGAGAAUGAUCGUAGGAAUUCAAACAACUUCGAACCUCUGUACGAGGAAUUGAAAACCGUGUACGAUUGGUCCGACGAAUUAAAGAGCGGGCCUCGGCUUCGAGGCGAUCAAAGACUUCGCUACGAAUCGGAUGAUAAGCUCGAAACAAACCCUCCUCAAUUGCAGCCAUUCAACGAUAGAUUUCUCGGCUCGGAUCAAAACGCGCAGAUUCAUUCGAACGACGCAUCCUGGACGACAGGUUUAAACAGCACUCCAGUGAGCAAUUAUCUGGCGCUUAAAGUCACGGAUGAUAUGUUUAAGGGCGGCUGUGAGCAAGGUGGUUCCAUCGGGGAAAAUUUGUCACAUAAAUUUUCUGUCAGUACAACCAUCGGACCGUCGAAAGAUAAAGAAAAUAUAUUGACACAGAUUGUGGAAAACCGGAUUAAUCCGUUUCCCGAACAAAGUGCGAAUAUAGAACAGUCGGUAAAGAUCGAUAAAGAUUCCGGUUCCCCGUACGAGACUCGCAGGUACGAGUCCGAGAUGCGCGGGGUGUGGAAGCGAAAUUUGAAUUCCGAGAAACAGGCGGCGAUUAGUUCGCAAGACUUACGCGAGUCCUUUGUGGAGUCCUCUCUGGAUUGGCACGAUGACUUCGACGACAACGUGAAAAUUAGAUUCGGUAGAGGACUGAAAGCCGUGGACGAGACAAUUUCUGAUUCGAAGAAAAUCGACGAUCGAGACGAACGAUCAACCGACGUCGGAAACAAAGCUAAUAGCGUCGGAAAAGUUUACGAACCAAACUCGACGAAUACGAAUGGAAAUGAAGAUCUCGAAGUUGCCGAACAAAAGCACGCAAAUCGACGAACACUGAGAAGUAAAAGAGCAACCGUCACAUAUCGCACGUUAUACGACGACUUGAAUCCAGGCAAUUCCGACGAAGAAAAUAAUCUGAAUAAUCGUUUCUCACUUCCGAAUUUUCUCGAAGAUCGAUCCGACAGAAUGUAUCGCGAGUACAGUCCAAAUUGGAACGAUUUGCAAGAUCUCGAUCGUUCGAAGACUCCUCGAGACAUCAGGAAGAAAGCAAAAUUAGAAGGAAAAAAUAAACAGAAAAAGCACUUUUCCGAGAAACACGCAAAGAAAAGUAGCUCGCAUUCUUCGUCAAGUAGAAACAGAAGGCAUCACACGCAUCGAUCGGAUGCGUCGUCGAAAAACCUCAAACGAAACCAUUUGAAGCCGAAGAUGAGGAAGAACAAAGCUAAAGCUUUUCUCGCGACUAAACGUGCCGGAGCUCGGAAGAGCAAAACAGCCGAGCAAGGGCUGCUUCGUGCUGAGGAAACACCACUCGGUAAAGUGCUUUACGAGAAUGUGGAGGAUCAGAGUACAGUGAAGCCGGAGGAGGACGACGCACGGAGAAAGGAAAUUACGCUGCUCCUUGCAGCCGACAACGUUGACGAUGAGUCACAGAUGGACAUGGCUGUUCACGGCGAGCUGGCUGGAAAAAUCGUUGAGCAUAUAUUUGAACAGGUCCAAAAGCACGAUCAAUUGAAGAGGGUUCUUGGUCCCGGACUGCAGCGCAAUUACAAGGAAAAUGUGAUAGCGGCGGGUAAAAUUUAUCACCAAGGACUUGACGAGGAUGGAACGAAUCGUACAGAAGCGAUGAUGAAGAGAGUCACGGAGCUUCUCGACAGAUUGAUUCUCAAUGAGGUACAAAAGAAGACUUGCGUUUCCUUAUCUCCGGAUAUGCGAGAAUUUCUAGGAUGGAUGCUAGAAGUGGAUCGAGAAGAGGAAUCGUCAGAAGAAGCACUUCCAUUGCCACUGGUUCGCGAAGAGAUUAUUCCGAAACAAAAUACGGAAGAAGGUCGGUUUUUGUUUGAUACUCCCAAACAAGGUGCGGAAGAAAGUGUCAGCGAUCUACAGAAAAAAGUGAAAGUAUUAGAAACUCUUGUAAAGGAAUACAACGCUUUGACAACAGAAGAGAAAAUGAAAGUCCAAACAGUUCAUGAUUAUUUGGUUCGGCAAUUAAAUCUACUGCUACAUCAUAUCGAAGCACAACAAUCCGCCGGAGCAAAAGAAAAGUCGGCACCCACUCGAGCAGCUGGAGCUAAAACUGGGAGUAUUUUGCAGUAUCAAAGCGCAACGCCUAAUGCAAGCUAUUCAACGGGAAAAGAUGCAUUUCUUAUGCCGAUCGAUAAGCGUAAUUUUUUUCAGUUCAACAACGUCUCGUUUAACAUGGCAGACGGACGGUUUAGUGAUAGUCACAUCGCAUCUCAUUACAGAGAAACGCGAAGCGUCGGUAAAGUCUCGUCCAAGCGCAAGAGACACGAUCGCAAGAAGAACAAAAAUCUCAAAAACCUAAGGCAAAAACGUAAAAAAAAACAUCGCGCGGGAGAAUCGUUGAAACACGACAAAAAGUCGCGGCGAAAAAAACGCGCGAAUCUCAGAGAGAACAAUCGAAACUCGUUUUACUUAGGCUAUGAGGAGCCAGCAAUUUACGAUUCGCUCGAGUUGGUUGAUUCGAAACUGACGGGAAAAAGUGGGAAGCGAAAACGGGAACUGGCCGAUAAGAAAAGCGUGGCGAUCACCGAGAAUGACGGGAUGCUCGAUUUGUUACCAAUAAAGGGGAAGAAUCGGUUGGAGAACGAAGUGAUGCUGCUCAACAAGCGGGAAGCUUGGAAACGGGAGAACGAGAAACAGCUGGAGGAAGUCGCGUUUGGCAAAGACAUGAGAAACAGCACGGGAGCGCGGGAGAGCGAGCGAUUCGAGAAACUGACGGAAGGAGACAAACGGAAGCCGAUCGAUGAGACGGGUAUCAGAAUGAAGCGAGAAAACGUCGUUAACGGGUCGUCGGUCAUCGGUUGCGCGAAUCUUUCCGAUAAUUCUCGCGCGACAUUCGAGGACGGCAGAUCGGGAAAAAGUGCGGGAGCAAAUAACGAUAAUAACAACGAUGAUAACGGCGCGAGAAACGAGAACAACAAGCUGGAAUUGCUCGAGCGAACGAUCAAUGUUUUCGGGAACAACAGAAGCGACGUUGCAACCGAUACAGUCGCGGCGACCGUCGCGAAAGUCAAUGCGGAAGAAGAAAAGUUAGCGGUAAACGCGGGAGCCAAUAACGAGGUUAACGGCAAACUUUGCGCAGUAAAUCGCGAGACAAAAAUUGACAAGGCGAACGACGAAAGCUUCGUAAACUUGACGAGCGACGCGAAGCCUUGGGUCUCGGAGGAGCUACGGAAAGUUUCGGAAACGGGAGCGGACGAUAACGCUGUAAAAUUAAAUCGCGCGACAAGCUAUCGAUACGAGAAAACGGAUCCUGAGGUCGAGCUGAAAAAUCUGAGACGGCGAGAAAGACGAGUGGUGGUUCGCGGCGACGCGGAUCAUCGAAAACGAAAGAUGACCGACGCGUUUCAGAGCGAUUUUAAUCGCGGUGGAAACAAAUUAAGGGAAAAAUAUCUGACCGAGUUAGACGAGCCGAGUGAACCGGGUGACCCGGAUCCCGAGAAUAAUUCAGAGCUUCCGAGAUUAAGGAGUAAUAAAUGGCCGAAGCACGUCGUCGAAUGGAGAUUGCUGCCGGUAAUAAGAACACCGCCGUAUCACGACGGUCGUGCCUUAUCAAGAAUCCAUUUAAUCGGGCAGGAAAUACCGCCGUUGAAUAUCAUGAGAAACGUGGAAAUUCAACCGACAGCUCAUUUAAACAAGCCGAAACUGUGGCGAGCAAAACGUCACGGAUGGAGAAACGGCGUGUUCAAUAUCCCGGCCGGUGUAUUAAGAAUUGUCGGCGAUGUUGUCGGUGAUGACUUUCGGCAUGGAAUUCGGCCGAAACGAGUAACUGAAAUAGCGAAUUUCAGGGAUUUUCAUACAAAUUCGAAAAAAAUUCGUCCGAAAGCUCGAAAGCUAUCUCGACUGAGAGGCAACAAAAGAUCGAACGGUAUUGCGGAAUUCGCGGCGCCUCUCGCACCGAGAGAUCGUAAUCGCAAACUAAGCGAAAUAUCUCUCAAUGAUCCAGAAUUCGACGAUCGAACGAUCUACGACGGAGUUGCCGACUUUCGAUCGCCAGUUUGGCCGUAUUACGGCGAGUUUGCAAACACGCUCGCUCUUCACGUAGGUACAAACACUUUUGAGAGAGACGGUGACGUGUAUCGAUAUCCCGCGUAUCUCGAGUACGAUCGUCUCUUUAAAGAACGGGCUCGUGACUCGAAGCCGCGACUCGCGAGACGAAACAAAUUUCGGUCGGGAACUUUGAAAGCCGAAACCGUCGAUUUUCCGGAGGAUGACUUAGCAAACAGGAGUUCGAAGUCCGAGAUUCGCGGAAACUUCAGCGCGGAAACGAACGAGCCCCGACGGUCGCGCGCGUCCCAGGGAUUAUCUCGCGUCCGACGAGACACACAAGGCGUACACGCGAAAGCUUAGGAAAAGUAACGUAACAAAGGGAAAAGUUCGGGAAGCACAGACGGCUUUUGGGCAAUGAAAAAUAACUCGGUAUAUAGCUUGAGCGUUGCGGUGAGUUAGUUUUAUAUAGUUUGCGCGAUGUGACGUAAUAUGGCGCAAUGUGCGGGAAAAAAACAAAAAAACGAAUUCAAUUAUCUCGCACAUAAAUGUGCGCUUGGAAGGAAGCGCGUCGCGAAUAUCGCGUUAUGCCCGCGUUGCAUUUCCAGGUCGAAUCGCGACGCGCGAUAAUUGUCAAUGAGCGUCUAAAUAAUUUCAUCAGAUAAAUCAGAUAAAUCGUCGAUGCGCGUUAUCGUAAUUGACACAUUCGCCCUAUCUGGCUGCCAGACAAGCCUGUGAAACCUCGUAAAUCGUGCUAGCUCGUCGGGAUGAACUCGGUGUCGUCGCGUGUUUGCGCACAUACACCACCGACCGAGCUAAUCCAUCCACGCGAAGACCAUCGCUGUAGUGGCGGUUAAUGGCGGUGUCUUCCAAUAAUUAGAUUAAUAGAUCUUGUCGAAAGUUAAUUAAGAGACUUUGAGACGCAAAUUGUGUAUAUUUCAAUAUCGUAUCUUGGUUUAUGAAAAUUUUGCGAUCUAGUUUAUAACAUCUAGUAUAAAAGUGUAACCAAAAAUGGUUUUCUUAAUUUAUAAAGUCAAAGAAUAUUUACACAAGGACACAAAUAUAAUUAUACCCCCCUUUCAUACUCCUAUUUAAUUUAAUGCGGUAUAUAUCUAUAACACACACAUGCACACACACACAC